AUGGUCGCUGCUAUUGCUUCCAUGAUUGCUAGACUUGUGACUAGGCUGUCACUCAAGGACGGCGAAGAGCCGGUGGAUUUAGGCAACCUUCGAAUCCCAGGAAAAGAAUUCUUAGCUAGGAACUUUUACCCAGUUGGGAGGCUGAACAAUAGCCGUGCGGUGGCUCUGGAUUCAUUUCGUAGUGCCAUCCGAUCUAUGUGGCGUCUUACGGGGACUGUUGAGGUUCAACCCCGUGCUGAUCGCUUCUUGUUUACGUUCACUCAUGAACGUGAUAUUGCCAGAGUGAAGAAGGGUGGACCAUGGGACUUUCAGCGUGCCAUGGUGCUUCUCAACGACUACGAUGGCUUUUCAGACAUCUCUGCUGUCAAGUUAGACUUCGUGUGGAUUUGGGUGGAGGUGCAAGGUCUACCUCCGGGAAUCUUGACUGAACCAACGAUUCGGUUGGUUGGUGAAACCAUUGGUGAAGUGCUGCAGGUAGAUCAAACUGCUUUACGUCAAGGAUCUGCACAUGUACGCCUUGUUCUUCCCAUUAACGAUUCAGUUCGCCUGAACCGUAGGGUUAGGGUUUCCCCUAUAGAUAUUCUAACACUUCAGUUUCUGUACGAGAGGUUGCUAGGUUAG